CUCUUUUGAUAUCUUGUUUAGUGUAGCUUUUGUUGACUGUCUCUAUCGAUUGUGUACGUGUUUUGUUCUUAACAAUAACUUGAUGCAGGUACAAAGGCAUUUUACAGUGGUUGUUAAAGAGUAAAAAGGAUUUUUAUGCUGAUUUUGAGUGUUUUUGACCGCCUCAAUUUGUUAACUUACAGGAUAUUAAGCUCUUAUGUACUCAAUGUACCUAUCAGAAAGAAAAUAUCACACAUUUUGACAAAGGAAGAGAAUCAGUUAGAGAAUGCAUUGUCUUAUUUGUCAUUGUUCAGGAGAAUACAUAACAAGAAUGGUAUGAAGUUUCGCACUCCAUCAUUCCCUCUUUCAAGUAAACAAUGGAGAGAGGUAGAAGGCAUAGAAGUGUCAAGAGAAAUGGUUACGGCAAGGCUGGGCUUAAUUCAUUUGGAUUUUUUGGUUGGCAUAAAAUCAGCAGUGAUAUCAUUGCUUCAAUUUACUCAACUGGAUUCUUAUCAAGUUAAAUGAGUGAUGAUAUGUAUAAUUCAGAACAUAAAACAUGUUCUCUUGCAAGCACCAAAUCUACAUUCACUGAAGUCAUGCACACAAUUAAAUGAGCGAAGGGAUAAACAAUUGACUGUGAAAGUUGGUUUGCUAUGUUAUGUUGUAUGGUUGGAUUGUACAAGAAAGACUGAUGUACCAGCUUUCUAGAGAGAGAAGUCUGAGUUGAUCUAGCUAAGAAGCUCGAGGAAUUUGGAAGACCUAUGUAGUAAAAGUUGCUGGGAAGCACAACAAGACACUACUAUUUGGCUUGUACCACUUGUGCAUAAUUUUUUUUAAAAGAUUUGUAUGUCUUUCACUUAUAUGAUUUCCACUCGCGUCAAUUAUACCAAUCAUAUAAGCUUAUGCAGUUUUAACUGUAUGUUUUUCA